GGCUCCUCAGGUUGUUACAUGAAAUGAUACACUGCUUGCCUGGGUCAUUGCAUGGUAAGCCAAUACCUUUGCUUCAUUAGCUGGUCUCUCUAGGUGUGUUGCUGUCUGUGUUGCUGAAAAAGCACUGACAGGUCUGGAACGAAGGGGCUUGCCACCAAUUUGAACCUCUAGGGACUUUUCUUUCUGGGAAGAAUCUUGAUGUUAACCAGAAGUACGUCCAGAAGAUCGAAGAAGCUAGCAUUGAAGUAAGCCUGUGAAAUAGCAGCAUGGGAAUCCUAUAUUCUGAGCCCAUUUGCCAGGCGGCCUACCAGAAUGACUUGGGCCAGGUAUGGCGCUGGGUAAAAGAAGGCAACCAAUAUGUCAAUGUGCAAGACGGCUUCAAUGGAGACACUCCCCUCAUCUGUGCCUGCAGACGAGGGCACAUGAGGAUAGUUUCCUUUCUUUUAAAAAGAAAUGCCAAUGUCAACCUCAAAAACCAGAAAGAGAGAACCUGCUUGCAUUAUGCUGUGAAGAAAAGAUUUACCUUCUUUGAUUACCUACUCAUUGUUCUUUUAAUGCCUGUCCUGCUUAUUGGGUAUUUCCUGAUGGUAUCAAAGACAAAGCAGAAUGAAUAUCUUGUACGAAUGCUCCUUGGUGCUGGUGUUGAAGUUAAUGCUACGGACUGUUAUGGCUGCACAGCUUUACAUUAUGCUUGCAGAAUGAAAAACCAGACUCUCAUCCCUCUCCUCCUGGAAGCGCAUGCAGACCCCAGGAUAAAGGAUAAGCAAGGUGAGAGCCCACUGGAUAUUGCACAGAAACUAAAAUUUUCCCAGAUUGAAUUAAUGCUAAGGAAGACAUCAUAAUCCUAUGACCUCACAGAGACAGAGACACAGCUAAAAGUCUGGAUUUUAUCUCCAUCUUGGAGACUCACUUUAUAGGGAUAAUGAUGGCUGCCAUGGUUAAUGGUUUUGAAAGCUAUGUGUUUAUAAUGAUUUUUACUCAAUGGAGUUCACCAUGGCCACAAUCCUUCUAGGGGAAUCAACGAAGUUGUGGGAGUCUCUGCUUCUGUCACAAACUGAUGUUUCAAACUUAGUUUCUCCUGGAGAAGAAGAUCAGAGUUACCUGAGAUAGUAUUCCUUCUUCUCAGUGUGUCAUGCUUAUAAGGAGCCUGUCAGUCAUACUAAUGUCUUAAGAGACAACUUUUCCUCUCAGGUGACUCUAAGUACUAAGGAAGAAUCAAAGUAUCUACAUUUAUAUAGAAGGGUAUGCAGUAGAGAUUCCAAUGUAAAUAUUCCUGUGAUGAAAUAACUUCAAUAAAAGUAUGCAUCAAUUGUCAGCAAUGAGCAGAUUGUUUACACCAUAGAAACUGGCAAAUGUUACAAAGCAGUUUUGUUUGUUUGCUUGCUUGUUUUCAGAGAGCUGGUUUAUCAGCUUGCCAUUCUACAUUUUGGUAUCAGUUUUCAAGUAAAAGCUACUUUGGUCUGAGCAAGUCAUGUAGCUAUCAAAAUGUCUGUUCAGAAUUAUCCUCGUGGGUUUAAGAGUGUAGCUUGUUGGUACAGUGCGCUUAUCAUACUCAAGGCCAUGGGUUUGAUUGCCAACACCAAAAAUAAAUAAACUGAUGUGUAACAUUUAUGAUCCUCUUGUACAUAUAAGGUGAACACAGCAUGUUAUUGUUGUUUAUUUAUUUUAUUGUGUUUUGGGGGUGCUGUGUUUGAACCAGGGCCUAACAUAUGGUAAGCAUUUGCUCCAUCCCUAUAUUGCCAAGUCCAGUUUGGUUUGCUUUUAUUGAUGCAAUUUAAAAUGUGCUUGUAACGUAUUU